AUGGGAUCAUUCACGAGCUGUAGUUUUAGCGCGCCACCAAACAUAGCUCCUCUUGGAUCAGUCUACAAUGAUUUCCAAAUUGAUUCUUUUAAAUUGAUGGAGCUUCUUGGACCUGACAAAGUUGACGCUACCGAUGUAAAGCUAAUUAAAGACAAGCUUUUUGGCUAUUCAACAUUUUGGGUGACAAAAGAAGAGCCCUUUGGAGACCUUGGUGAGGGCAUCUUUUUUCUAGGAAACUUAAGAGGAAAGAGAGAAGAUGUUUUUACCAAACUCCAGACUCAAUUGGCUGAGAUCAUGGGUGAAUACAAUCUUUUCAUGGUUGAGGAGCCUAACUCAGAAGCACCGGACCUACGUGGUGGGCCACGUGUUAGCUUUGGUUUGCUGAGGAAAGAGACUUCAGAACCCGGACCAACUACACUUUGGCAAUAUGUGAUAGCUUUUUUGCUGUUCCUCCUGACUAUAGGUUCCAGUGUGGAGUUAGUUAUUGCAUCUCAGAUAAACCAACUUCCUUCUGAGAUUGUGAAAUAUUUUACAGAUCCAAAUGUUGUUGAACCACCAGAUAUGGAACUGCUAUAUCCAUUUGUGGAGUCAGCAUCAGCAUUGCCGCUAGCAUAUGGUGUUGUGGGGGUUCUUGUGUUUCAUGAAGUUGGGCACUUUCUGGCCGCUUUUCCUAAGAAAGUAAAAGUUAGCAUUCCUUUCUUCAUUCCAAACAUUACUCUUGGUAGCUUUGGAUCAAUUACUCAGUUCAAAUCUAUUCUUCCUGAUUGGAGUACAAAAGUUGACAUUUCCCUUGCGGGCCCAUUUGCUGGCGCUGCACUAUCUUUUUCAAUGUUUGCUGUUGGUCUGUUGCUUUCAUCAAAUCCUGAUGCAGCUGGGGACUUGGUGCAGGUUCCUAGCAUGUUGUUUCAGGGCUCUUUGCUUCUUGGACUCAUCAAUAGAGCAACUCUUGGUUAUGCGGCAAUACAUGCUUCAACAGUGUCAAUUCAUCCUCUUGUGAUUGCAGGAUGGUGUGGCUUAACCACAACAGCUUAUAUGCUUCCUGUGGGGUGUCUUGAUGGUGGAAUGGCUGUGCAGGGUGCUUUUGGAAAGGGUGCACUCGUUGGGUUUGGUAUGACAACUUACACACUGCUUGGAUUAGGAGUGAUUGGAGGACCUUUAUCACUUCCUUGGGGGUUGUAUGUGCUUAUAUGUCAGAGGACUCCAGAAAAACCCUGCCUAAAUGAUGUAACUGAGGUUGGAGCAUGCAGGAAAAUGGCUGUUAAAGUCGCUACUUUCCUUGUUGUGUUGACACUGCUUCCUGUAUGGGAUGAGCUUGCCGAAGAACUAGGUAUAGGCCUUGUAAGCACAUUUUGGUAUAUAUUUAAGAUAGAAAUUUGA